UAGAAACAUAGAUUAUUCUUCUUCUUUAACCCUUACUACUGUUUAGAUACAUUUUUAAGGGUUCCCACACUGUUCCUACUUAGGACUAAGUAUUCAGUGUAAUGAUUGAAACAUGCUUUGUAUUUAAAGGUGAAUCUCCUGCAAAAAUGUAGGGAGCAUCGUCUGACUGCUUCUCCCAUAAAAUCUAAUACAACUGAGUUACGGUUCGUUUUGAGAUUAAUUCUAUGGGGUUACGAAAAAAAUAAUGUCGGUAUACCUAUCAUAUGCAACAUACUAACGCCAAGUCCCGUAUGUAGCCACCGAUAAAGUUGACAAGGAAUUAGAUCGAUUAGAGAAACUGGGUGUUAUACAACCGGUUAAUUAUUCAGCAUGGGCAGCACCAAUAGUAGUAGUGCAGAAAGCAAACGGAACUAUUCGCCUGUGUGCAGACUUUUCAACAGGAUUAAACGAUGCUUUACAAAGUCACUCAUAUCCACUUCCCUUGCCAGAAGAUUUAUUUAUUAAACUAAACGGUGGACGUUACUUUUCCAAACUCGAUCUAUCUGAAGCUUACUUACAAGUAGAAGUUGACGAAGAUUCGAGGGAGUUAUUAACCAUUAAUACCCACCGUGGACUUUACCAGUUUAGCCGAUUACCUUUUGGCGUAAAACCAGCUCCAGCAAUUUUCCAACAGAUUAUGGAUACCAUGUUGUCUAACCUUGAAGGUGUGGCAGUUUAUUUGGACGAUAUUAUAGUUGUUGCCUCUUCUGCUCACGAACUGAUGAGUCGGUUAGACGUAGUGCUCAAUAGAAUAUCGCAAGCCGGUUUUCAAUUACAAAAAGAAAAGUGUCAAUUUAUGCUGGAUUCUGUUAAAUAUCUUGGAUAUAUAUUUGAUAAAGAUGGUCGCCGGCCAGAUCCAGAUAAUAUAAAUGCCAUCAAAAAUAUGCCCACACCAACUGAUGUUACAACUCUCCGUUCAUUCUUGGGGAUGAUUGGAUAUUAUAGUAUGUUCGUACCCCAGAUGUAUAAAUUGAGACACCCGUUAAAUCAACUUUUGAUGGCUAAUGCAAAAUGGCACUGGACAAAAGAAUGCCAAUAUUCUUUCAACGAAAUAAAAAGGAUUUUAUCUUCUAAAUUAUUGUUGACUCAUUACAAUCUUAAUCUUGAAAUAAUUGUUGCCUCUGAUGCUUCCAACUAUGGAAUUGGGACUGUUAUCAGUCAUCGUUUUCCUGAUGGUAAAGAAAAGCCGAUUGCUCAUGUAUCCCGAACACUUAACCCAGCUGAACGAAAAUAUAGUCAGAUUGAAAAAGAAGGAUUAGCUAUAGUUUUUGCAGUAAAAAAAUUUCAUAAAAUGAUUUAUGGACGUCGAUUUACUCUUCUAACAGAUCACAAGCCGCUUUUAUCUAUAUUUGGAUCGAAGUCAGGUAUUCCUGCAUAUACAGCUAAUCGAUUACAACGCUGGGCUAUUACACUACUUGCUUAUGAUUUCCGAAUUCUAUAUAAAUCAACUGAAAAGUUUGGACAAGCUGAUGUUUUAUCUCGAUUAAUUGCGAAUCAGAAGCAGGAAAGCGAAGAUUCUAUUAUUGCAACGAUAUCAUUGGAAGAAGAUAUCCACCAAAUACUACAAGUUGCUAUAAACGCAACACCAUUAUCCGCUGAAGAUAUUAGACGCUACACUCAAGAAGAUGGCGGGCUGAAACGGAUUAUAAGUUACCUUGAACAUGGUUGGCCUGCUCAUAUAGACAACAAAAACAUUGAACAGUAUGCUCACCGACGAAAUUCUUUAUCGCUCGUGGACGGGUGCCUAAUGUUUGGAAAUCGAGUUAUUGUACCCACAAGCCUACGUCGGAAAGUGAUGUUAGAACUGCAUGCUGCACAUCCAGGGGUAGCGCGGAUGAAAGCACUUGCACGCGGUUAUGUAUAUUGGCCGAAUAUUGAUACGCAGAUUGAAGAAUAUGUUGCGAAAUGUUCAGCAUGUGCAAAAGCCAUGAAAGCGCCUCGCAAGACCGAAAUGCAGAGUUGGGGAACACCGUAAAAUCCGUGGUCAAGAGUUCAUGUAGAUUUCGCCGGUCCUAUAAAUGGUAAACAGUUCUUGAUAAUCAUUGAUGCUUUCUCUAAGUGGCCAGAAGUCCACUAUAUGAAAUAUGUCUCAACACAAGCUACGGUGAAGAAACUGAGGCAAGUAUUCAGUUGUUUUGGGUGUCCAGAUAUAUUAGUAUCAGACAAUGGACCACAGUUUACCUCUGCUGAAUUUUCGAGGUUCUGCAUUGCCAAUGCCAUUAAGCAUAUCAAGACACCCCCAUACCAUCCACAGUCUAACGGGUUAGUCGAAAGGUUCGUGGACACUUUUAAAAGAGCAUUGCUUAAAGCCGAAGGGGAAGGAGAAAUAGAGGAUAUAAUUCAACGAUUUUUACUAAGCUACCGCGCAACUCCCAACCCAGCAACAAAUAAUCAAGAAAGCCCGGCAGAAUUAAUUUUCGGAAGAAAGAUUAGAAUACCUAUGGAACAAAUGAAGCCAAAACCUGAAAUCAUUCAAUGCAAGAAUAAACGAAUGGAACUGCAAUUUAACAAAAGGCAUGGUGCCCUACCCAGAAGGUUUAAUGUGGGACAAGCAGUAAUGGCAAGAGAUUAUCAGGGAGUUAAGCCAACCUGGAAAUUUGACAUCAUAGUCCGAAGAAAAGGGAAAGUUAUUUAUGAAGUGAAAGUUGGACAAAAGAUUUGGGUACGACAUGCAAACCAGAU